AUGAUAAAGCAUUUUUUCCUAACAUUUUUAGUAUAUACAAUAGUAAAAAAACAUAAUAUAGGUACUAACGAAAGCUUAAAAAAAAAUGACUCUACUUUUAGACUUUUACAUGAUGAAAGACACUUAAAGCAUUUAAAUAAAGUAAAUAUAACAAAGAAAGGAAAAAAUAAAAAUGAAAUUAUUUUGAGUCUAAGGAAACCUAAAGGUUUACUAGAAAAAAAGGGUAUAACGGAGAAUAAAACUCAUAAAAUUAUCCCAAAUGAAAAUUGUUUACAGAAUAAAUUAUUCUCUCAAAAGCUAUCAGAAAAGUUUCAUUAUGAAGAGAUAAAAACAAAUGUAACUAAAAAAAAUAGUGAAUAUACUAAAAGAGUAUCAACUGAUUAUAAAGACAAUGACAGCAUAAUUAAAAAUGGGGAAUUUAGGAAAACUACAAUAAAAGAAAAAUUUUAUAUUUUUUUAAGUAAAACAAUAAAGAAAAAAGCUUUCUUACUUAUUAAGGAAAAAAUAUAUUAUUUUAGAGAAAUGUAUUCAAGAUAUACAAACUAUUCAGAAUCAAAAAUGAUGAGAGAAAAAGAAAAUGAGAAAUGGGAAAAUUCUUUAAAAUCAUUUUUAAUAAAAUACAUGAUAAAAUUCUUACAUAUUCAUAAUCAAAGUUUUGAAAAGACAACAAAUAAAUAUAAUUUUCUAGUUUCACAUUUUACUACCUUUAAUGAUCUCAACAUAUCAAUUAAUAAUAAUUCCAUGCUUAAAAAAAGAAUUUUAAAUGAAAGCGGUCCACCAAAAAAGUAUCUUUCAAAGAACGAUAGACGAGAGAAGGAAAGAGAAGAUGAAUAUGAAAAAGAUGAUGAAGAAGGAGAUGAAGAUAAUGAAGAAUAUGAAAAUAAUGACGAAGAAUACAAAGAUAAUGAAAAGGAUGAAAAUAAUGAUGAAGAAUACGAAGAUAAUGAGGAAUAUGAAAAUGAUGAUGAAGAAUACAAAGAUAAUGAAAAGUAUGAAAGUAAUAAAGAAGAGUACCAAGAUAAUGAAAUAUAUGAUGAUAAUGAAGAAGAAUAUGAAGAUAAUGAAAAUAAUGAAAUAGAAUACGAUGAUGAUGAAAUUUAUGAAUAUGUUAAAGGAGAAUAUGAAGAUAAUGAAAAACAUAAACAAUAUUUUACUAAGAAAGAAAAUGCAAUAAAAGGAAUGGAAGAUGAAUUUGAAGAUUACGAAGAUAUUGAGGAGGAAGAUAUAGUAACAACAUUAGAAGACGAACCACAUGAAAUUGAUGAUACAAUAGAUGGUGGAUAUGAAACGACAGAAGAUGGAGAUUUAAGUAUAAUAGAAUCAAGCUUUGAUAAAUAUUCAUCAGACAAUACUAAUAAAGAAUAUGUUUGUGAUUUUACAGAAAAAUUAAAACCAACAGAAGCAGCAUCAAAAGUAAAAAAAUGUAAAUUUCAAAUUGAAGAACCAAUGGUUAAGGUAAAAAUUAUAUGUCCUUUAAAAGCUUCAGUAGAAAAAAAAUUUGAUAAUAUUGAUUAUUUUCCUAAAAAAGCUCCAUAUGUUGUAUUAGUUGAAGAAACUAAAAAAUUAAAAGAAAAAAAGAUUUCUGAAUUAAUUUAUGGUGUUAUUGUACCACCAAAAAAUAAAGAGAAAAAAAAUAACUUUGACCAAGGAGUUAUAGAAUUUAUACUUCCACCAUUAGUACAAAAAAAAACUGUUUUUUAUUUCAUUUGUGAUAACUCAAAAACUGUUGAAGAUUCUAACAAAGGAAAUAGAGGAGUAGCAGAAAUUACAAUAGAACCAUAUGGAAAACUUAUAAAAGGAUGUAACUAUUCUGAAGCUAAUAAAAAUUUUUUCACAAAUAAUCUUGAUGUAAAAAAGCCUGGACCUCCAUGUUACUUCCAGCUAAAUAGUAACGAAAUAGGAGGUAUUAUAUUCCCAACUGACACAAAAUCAACUACUUGUUUUGAAGAAAUGAUUCCUUAUACAAAUGCUGCAAAAUGGAAUAAAGAAAAAAAGAGUAUAACUGAUUUAAUAAAUAAUUCUGUAAUCUAUAACAAAGAAAUGAAUGAAAAAUAUUUUAAUGUCAAAUAUGUUAGCAUACCUGCAAGUUUUAAGGAUAAUCUUAAUUUGUUUUGUUCUUUUACUUUAAACGAUGAUAAAGUGCAUUUAGUAUAUGUAAGUAUUAAUCAAGAAAUAAAUUUUUCUCUAUUUGAAAUUUUUGAAUCAUUCGUAAAAAUAAAUAAGACGAUUCAAAUAGCAACUAAAACUGAUGGGAAAAAUGAAUAUACAUGUGAUUUUACUGAUAAGCUUGAUAAAGUACUUGAACACGAAAAGAAAUUACUAAUUUGCAGGAAAAGUUUGAAAGAAUUUGAUAAAGUAACUAUGAAAUGUAAUAAAAAUGUAGUUAAAUAUAAAAACAUGGAAGUUAUGCCUGAAAGUCUUAAAGCUGGAAAUGAAGUUAUUCAAUUCAAUUUGAAUGCUCAGUAUUAUCUUUUAAAAAAAUAUAUGAAUUUUACUUUAAGAAAUAAUAAAUUUUUAAAUGAUUAUCCAUCUUAUUUUAUUUUUCCUUUCUAUAAAGUUGCAAAAGAUGAAUUUAAAAAUAAUCCUUUUUUAAAAACUUACAAGGAUACAGGUUUAUUUGAAGGGACGACAUCUGCAGAUGGUUUAGUAAAAUUAUUUUCCUUUUUAGAUACUCAAGAAAAAGUGGCAAUUAAUGAAAAAAUUCGUUAUUUAAAUAUAAAAGUUAAUGAUUCCGAUGAAAAUAUUCUUGAUGUAACUUUUCAAGUUCCACCCUACAUAGACUCAAAUGAGCCAUUUUAUUUUAUGAUGGGUUGCAACAAUAACAAAGAUGGAGGUAAUACAGGAAUAGUAGAAUUACUUAUUUCAAAAAACGAGGAUUUAAUAAAAGGAUGUAAUUUCCAUGAUGUAAAAAUUGAUUAUUUUACAAAAAACAUUGCUUCAAGUACUCACGAAUGUACUAUUGAUGCAUAUAUUGAUGAUAUUAUUGGAUUUAAUUGUUUAAAAACUACUUAUGACGAUGACGUAGAUCCUACAGAGAUAAAUCUAGAUCCUCCUGAAUGUUUUAAAAAAGUGUAUAAAACAGGAGCCAAAAAAGACAUUGUCGAGAUUCUAAAAGAUGCACAGGUUUACAAUAUCAAUGAUAAAAAAACUCCGAUAUUUUUGAAAAUACCUCCUCAUUCACUAAGCGUGGAUACAGAAAUAAGUUGUAAAUGUACCUUAAAAUCUCAAGAAAAGGUAAUGAAAAUAAAUGUUAAAAGUGCAAAAACUGCAAAAGAUAAAGAAGAAAUAAAAAAAAAAGCUAUUAACCAAGAUAAUAUAUAUAUAUGUGAACACCGUGAUUUUAUUGAACCUAAAGAAAUGAAAAAGGCAAAUCAAAAUAUUGAGCACACCUGUGAAAUUGAAGUGAAAGAUUUCCUUAAUUAUGUAGAAGUGUUCUGUCCUUCUAAUGAUUAUGCAAUAUAUAAUAAUAUUAAUAUAACCUAUAAUACAAAAAAACCUCAAAAUGUUCCUGCAUAUAAACCAUUUUCUGAAAAAGAAUUAGAUACUUUAGUACCUCAUGCUGAAUUGUUAAGAAAAACAGAGGAAUUGAUAUUAAUUUACAAUAAAGAAAAAGUGGAUUUACCUCACUUAUAUUUAUUCUUCCCUUUCUACAUAAAAGAUGAUGUUGAAUUUAACAUUGCAUGUGAUAAUAGUGCCACACAAUAUAAUGAUAAAAAAGGAGACAAAUUAAUUUAUCAAAUUACUAUUCCUAAAAGAGAUAAAAAAGUAAAAGGUUGUUCUUUUAAAUCUAAAAAAUCAGAUAUAUUUGAAAAUGAAGUAGAUGGAAAUAAUUGUGUUAUUGAUGCGUCUCCAAAAGAUAUAAUAGGAUUUGUAUGCCCAAGUGGAACUAUAAAAUUAACAAGUUGCUUUAGAGAUGCUGUAGUUGAUAAUUCUUUUGUUAAUCUUGCUCAAAUGCUUUACUUAGAAGAUAAUUUAGCCAAUUAUACUUUUGGUCAUAAAUUUAGUUAUAUAGAAGUACCAUCUUUAAUAGAAAAAGAUAUAUCUUUCAAAUGUUUAUGUAUAGAUUUGAAAAAAGAUUAUAAGGUAAAUUUCGUAUUAAGCGCAAGAGUUGUAGAUAAAAUUUUUGAUAAAUUGAAAAUUACUUACGGUGAUUAUUCAGAAAGUCUUUCGAAAGGUACAAUUGUUACAAAUUAUAAGAGUGUAUAUUUAUCUGAAAAACCAAGUAGAAUAGUUCGACUUUUCAAUAGUGUAGAAAAAAAGAUAGUAGCAGAUGCAGGAGACCCUGAAAGUAUAUUAGAAACUCUUGACACACUUGAAGAUACUGAUCCUGAUUUGUUUAAAUAUGAUCCAAUGGACAGCUUACACUUAGAAGAUGAAGAUGGUCAUGAUGUAUUAGAAAGUAUCUAUAAUGAAAAAGUAGAAGAAGAGAUUUUAGCCGAUCUUACAAGCUUGGAAAUAACUCCUUCAGAAACAUACACCUUGCAAGUUAAUAUAAAAGCACCUAAAAUAAUAGCACCUAAAGAAGUAAAUGAUCAAAGUUUCGUGUGUGAUUUUUCGAAAAAAAGUUUAAUAAUUCCAGAUCCCACACAAACAAAAGAGUUAAAAGAAAUCCACUGUUAUAGCUUAUUAAAACCAUUAGAUACUCUUUACGUAAAAUGCCCAACGGAAAAAACUAAAUACGCUACUGCAAAAACUAAGACAUCAGAAGCUGAUGAUGAAGACGAAAAAUAUGUUAUUUCGUUGAUUAAUGGAGAGGAGGCAGAUGUUCCAGAAGAAGGUGCCUUAGAUGAUACUACCUUUGGAAAUAUGUUUGAUAAAAUGAAAUUGAAACCAGAUACAUUUUUUGAAAAAGUUAUGAAUGAAUCAGACGAUGCUGUAAAGGAUAUUACUGAAGUUUUACCAGGUUCUAUAUAUACAACUAUGAAAGUAAUAAAAAAAAGCAAUCCUUUCGAUUCUUAUGCUGCCAUAGUUAUACCACCUGUUGUUUUGAAAGAGACAUAUUUGAAAGUAGAGUGCAAUAAUAAUGAAUACAAAGUGACAGAAAAUGUUGCUGGUUUUAAAGGAAUUAUUCACUUAGAUAUAGCGAAAAAUGAAAAAAAAAUUAAAGGAUGUGAUUUUUCUACUACUAGUAGUAAGAUUUUAACUACAGGAAUGGCAAUAGUAGAUAGUCAAGAAAAGGAGUGUCCAAUUGAAAUUGAUAAAGAUGAAGCAUUUGGAAUAAUAUGUGAUAAUAAUACUACUUUAGAUCCAGAAGGUUGUUUUCAGGAAGUAUAUGAUAAAAGUGCAAAAAAAAAAAAAUUUAAAGAAUUAAUUCCUAACAUAGGAAUAUAUACUUUACAUAAUUCGAAGAAAAAAAUAGCAUAUGCAAAAGCACCUUUAGAUUACUUAAAUAAAUUAACUUUCUCAUGUGCGUGCAAAAAAAAUAUAACUACUAAAGGAACAAUGAAAGUUACAUUAAACAAAGAUGAAAUAGAAUUAGAAGACAUGAAAUCUGUGAAUGCAGUAAAACAUAAUGAUGUAAAUUUGUGUAACUUUUAUGAUAAUCCUGAUUUAUCUUUUGAAUCAAAUCCAACUAAAGUAGUUUUAUGUAAAAUCGAACCAGAAAUGUUUUCAGAAGUAGUAAUACAGUUACCUAUAUUAGGUGUAGAAAAUACAGAUAAUGAUGCACUUAAGAAAUUUUCAUUAAAACCUGAAUUUGUUAAGGGGGAAGAUUUCAAAAUCAUUUCAGAUAGUCAAAAAGAAGUGUAUAUUAGUGAAGCACUAAAAGGAGUAUUUGGAAAUAGACAUUUCAAUUUUGAAAAAAGUAAAAAAAAAGGUCACGGUUUCAGCUUCUUUGUUCCACCUGUCAUAAAUAAUGUUCACCUAAAGUUAAUUAUUAAUGAAAAACCAGAUAGUUCAGCUUUAAAGCAAAGAGGACUUAUAUAUAUUUUUCUGAAAAAAAGUAUAGAUGAAGAUUCCUUAAUGGUUUGUGAUUUUACAACAGGAACUACUUCUUUAACAGAUUCCCUUCCUCCAAGUAAGGAAAAAGAAUGUAAUGUUAGAAUAAAAAAAGGAGAUAUCUUUGGUAUUAUAUGUCCUAAGGGAUUUUCUCUAAUUCCACAAGGAUGUUUCAGUAGUGUAAUUUUGGAAUAUUAUAAAAACUCCCCAGAUGAUAAUGAAGAAAUUGAUUAUAUUAGCAAUUUGAAAUAUAGUUUGAAACCAAAAGAAGCGCUUGAAAUAUUAGGCGAAGAUCACAGGGAACUCGAAGAUAUCCAAAAUCUCGAUAGUUAUUCUAAUAUAACAGAAAUUCUAAAUUUUCACAAUUAUAAUAUAGGAAAUUUACCUCUUGAUUAUAAAAAAUACUAUACUGCAUCAUAUAGUAAAGUUCCAGAGACUUUUAAUAGUAUAAUUAGUUUUUCUUGUAAUUGUUAUAAUCCAGAAAAUAGUGCAUUUGGAAUAAUGACGGUGCAAACAGAGAAUACUAAUUUUGAAAUUCUUCAAUCGAAUGAUAUUAAAAAGGAAAUUAUACUACCAUAUAGAGAUGAAAAUGUUAUAAAUGAAGGAGAUAAAGAUAAUAUAUUAAAAAAUUCAACUAACCAUAGGUGUGAUUUUACAAAUGAGUCUUUCUUUAAUUUAAUAGAAGGAAAGAUACAAAAAAAUAUAUGCACAAUAGAUGCUAAAGCUUUAGAUGUAAUAACGGUUAAAUGUCCACACACAAAAGGCUUUGUAGCUAAAGAAGAAUUACCUGUUAUUGGAUCAGAGGAUAAAAAAUUGAAUAUUACCUUUGAUGAAAAAGAAUUUGUUACUUACAUAGAGGAAACAAAUAAUACAUUUUCCUUAAAAGAUAUUUAUGUUAGAAAUUUCUAUGGAAUCUCUAUAGAUGAAUUAAAAAAUCUAGGAAAAUUAAAAGCUGAUUGGGAUGAUAACCAUAUAUUUUAUCCACCAAAAGUUUUAGAAGAUGUAAUUGUAGAUAACAAAGUAAUAAAUUUAAGGAAAAAAUUGCCAGGGGUUUUAUUUUUAAAAGUAAAAAUUGGUGAAGAGGAUAAAACAAGACAUUUACCUACUGAUGGAGUAUCUAGAUUUUUAAUACCUCCAUAUAUAAAUGAAGAUUUCAGUUUUCAAAUUUUUUGCGGAAAGUCAACAGCAAAAAAGCCAAAGAAAGAUAAUACAUCUCUUGGUAUUAUUCAAGUAAAUAUUUCUGCUAACAAAAAUUUAAUAGAUGGAUGUGACUUUGUUAACCCUGAGAAAAGUCCCAAUUCCAUUUUUAUACAUAAUAAGAAUUUAGAAAAUCCUCUCAUUUGUGAUAUUUCUUUAAUACCCAACAGAACUGUAGGAAUAAAUUGCCCAAAUAAACAAUUAAAGCCAGAAAAUUGUUUCGAAGAAACUUAUUAUGUAAACGAAGAGGGAUUAGGAGCUACAGCAGAUGCAUUUAAUGAUUCACCUAAAGAAAAAAUAAUUAAUAUAAUAAAAAAUGCUACUGCUAUUUCUAAUACAGAAUAUAAAGAAAAUACUUAUUCAUAUUUAAUGUUACCAAAAUCAUUUGAAGAAGGAAUAGAUUUGAAAAAAGUUUUUGUUUGCACAUGUGAUAAUAAUAUCAUUAAAAUGAAAAUUGAAGAAAAAUCCAUGACUAUAGAUAAAGAUGAAAAAAUAGGAAAAGAAUUAUGUACAUAUGAUCAUAUAAAAAAAAUUUCAACAUGUGAUAUAAUGGAAGGUAUGGAUGCAUCAACAGUUAAAGAAAAUACUGUUGUAGAAUACACUGCUAAUUUAUCAAGAUGGGAUAAAUUAAUAAUAAAAUACCCUACAACUGAAAAAGCUAAUUAUGAAAAGAUUUUUGUUAACCCAUUAAAUUUAAAAACAAAAGUUUUAUUUAAAAAUGAACCAAUAAAUAUUGAUAAUAUUUUACCAGGAAGUAUAAUAUUAGAUAAAUAUGAUUCAAGAACAAAAAUUAGUGAAUAUACUUUAAGAAUACCACCUUUCGUUCCUAAAUCAGUAGAUUUUACUCUUGAAUUUAAUAAUAGUCUUACUUCAACUAUUCAGAGUAGUAAUAAAAUUUUUGGAACUAUAGCUAGAAUACAUGUAAAUGUAAAUGAAGGUCAUAGAGAAGUUAAAGGAUGUGAUUUUACAGGAAAAUACCAAGAUUUAUUUUCUCAUUCUUAUAAACCUAAACCUAGUGAAAGUAAAGAAUGUACUAUUACGAUAGGUAAUAAUGAUUUUUCUGGAUUUGCUUGUUUAAGUCAUUUUAAAAUUAAACCAGAUAAUUGUUUUAGUUCUAUUUAUGACAACAAUGCAAGCAAAAGAGUUAAAAAGUUGACUGAUAUAUCUACAAAUGCUGAACAUGAUUUUAUAAAACAAAAUAAUUUAGGACAUAGUUUAUCUUAUAUCACCUUUAAUAAUGAAACAAAAAAACUUCAUUUCUCUUGCAAAUGUGAUUCUAGUUAUUCUAGCUAUACUAUUAACAUAGUAUUUGAACCAGAUCAGGAACCUUCGUUACAUCAACCAAGGGCAAUUAUAAAAUAUGUAGACUUAAAAGAAAAUAGUUUCAGUAAACAUCUAAGACAUAAAUAA